CCUGAGCUCGGUCCUGACCAACCUCAUCACACGAAGAAGGAUUGUCUGCAAACAGAACCACAUCAGUCCGAACCGGAGCGGCUCUCUGGGCUGAACCGGACCGGUGUGCUGCUGUGACAUGGCCGUGGAUGAGUCUCUGGGGGAAGAGAAGUGGGAGGCGGCGGACCGGCGGCUCGGCGGUUCUUCCGGUCGGAGCGGCCUCUGGUGUCGGUACCGGUACCGGUAAGCUGGGCGUGUUGAUGUCCGUGUCCCGGCCGCUGGUGGCCGUGCUGUCUCUUUUCCGGGCACUCUUCUGCUGGCUGUGGACCCGCUCCAGAGCCGCCUUCAGAACCGAACCCAGAGCCGAGGACCAGUGUGGAGGGAGCGGGAGUCAGCAGCGGGGAGACCGGGUCAGGAGUCACCACAGGCGGGCCUUCGAAUUCAUGUCCGCGGCGCUGAGGAUCGACGAGGACGAGAAAGGUAUCUGAUGAAAAUGAGUCCAUUUAACGGCUGUUAUUGUUGGAGAUCAAACUUUGUUAACGCCGAACGAAAGAACUCUCCAGAAAGAUGAUUAAUCCGUUUAUUUAAAUCUUUUUGUGACAUUUGUUUAAUGUUAGGAGCUCACGUUAAAGAAUUAGUGUAUUUCUCUAUGGAGUUUGGUUUGAGAACACAGCGGCGAGAGUCUGUGUUGCUGUUUGUCUGCAGAGUCGGAGUGCUUCAGUUUCUCAUGUCUCUAGUUAUUAUUUAUUGAUUGAUAAUUGAUUCUGUCUGUAAUGGGAUCAAGAAAAUAAAUAUUCAUUCACAAGUGAGUUUCAUAAUAAUAAAUGAAAAAAAACACUUAGUUUUUUGGACACAAAAACAAAAAAUCUGAUAUUCUUUUUGCAUUUUUUUGUUCUGUUGAGUUCAUUUAAACGGCAGUGAUUUAAUACUGAAUGUUGCUAGAAGUGUGCUUUAAAGCAGUUGCAGGUCCUCCCUAUAGAUUGCAUUAAUAUGAAGGCGUAUAAAUAAAAUGUUUUAUUGAAUUUCAGUUAAAAGUUUUAGAGGAAUUCUUCUCACGCUGACUUUGCUUUAAUGUAUAUUUAUAAGGACUUUCUGUCUAGGCUGUUAACAUACCGAGGAUUCAUGAAACUCAGACUAGAUUUAGGAUGUUGAUUUCACCAGUUUUCUUUCACAGGAGUUUUGAUAAACCAUGAAUUUCCCCUUCACAUAGAUAUAACCAAACACGCCUUAAAUAGACCAUCUUCAUUCAGAUCCUUUGGUCUUGUUUUGCUUUGUAACCCAGAUUCAUGAUUUAUUGUUCAGUGAGAGAAAUAAAAACCACCUCAUCAGCGCCUCCUGGUGGAGAAGGGCUUCUCUCCACCACAUAUACUGCUCCAGAGAUACAGACUAUAGACUAUAGACUACAGGCGAUAGACUUUCUUUAUUUUCCAUUGCACAGAGUAAAACACAGCUGUGAUUUGCAACCAAAUGUCAUUGCUUGGCCUCCAUAUCUCAGCAUGAUGUUUUUAUUUUAAACAAUAACCUGUUUUUAUUUUCUUUUACUCUGAAACUUAUUUGCUUUUAAGAUAUAGCUCUUUGAGGUCGCUUGAUCUAAAGGGCACUACAGAUAAAAUGUAUUAUUAUUAUUAUCAUUAUUUUACUUGAGAUACAGAAAAAAUUAAAAAAAAUAAAAACAAUAAAAGCUCAGAGUAAAAUAGCAGCAUAAAAUGGAGGUAGAGAGGAAGUGGAAUAAAACCCAAAUCAAUCAAAGUCUAUAGUCUAGAGUUUUUCUUGUGUGUGGUUUUUCAAAAUAAAAGCCUCACGCUGUUCUCUACGCUGCUCACUUUUCUGUCGCUCUGGUUUUGACUGUGCUGUUGUUCAGAGGAAGUGUUCUCCCUCGUGGGGGAUCAAUAAAGGAAUAUUCUAUUCUAUUUAGGUCACAUGACACAGUUUUAAAUGUGUCAUGUCAAAGUUCACAGUGAGUCUCAUUGUCUAAUGUGUGGUCAGGUGACAAGCAGCAGGCGGUGGGCUGGUACCAACGAGGGAUCGGCGAGCUGGAGAGAGGCAUCGCCAUCCAGGUCACAGGAAACGGUGAGUCCAAGCAAAUCAGAUGGAUGACAUGGAAACUCUGCUAAAGUGAAGCCAAAACUUGUCCUGUUUCUCUUUCAGGAGAAGAGUGUGAGCAUGAGCGACGUCUGCAGAACAAGAUGACCACAAACCUGAUCAUGGCGAGAGAACGGCUCCAGUCUUUGGGUCGGAUUUCUUUAUUUUGAAGUGUCUGCGUUUUCUUUUUCUGAAAGUGUUUUUGUUUUUUUUUGUCCUCCUUUAAAUAGACGGAUUGUUCCUUUUUUUUACAGUGAAGGUGAUUUCAGAGUCCGGACCUCGCAGAGACUCUUACGUCACCAGAUCUGACCUGAGGCCUCCAACUUCAGGUUUGUCCAUAAACCUGCAAAUACGCCGAGUCGCUCCUUAAUCUGAGGCGUUGACCAAGAAUACACAACCCUGACUCAGCUCGUUUACUUCAUAACCUGUGUGUGUGUGUGCGUGUGUGUGUGUGUGUGUGUGUGUGUGUGUGUGCGCACAGGUGUCUCCAGAAAAAGGGACGCUGUUAACCCCGCCCCCUCCAGCAGACCAAAGCUGAUCCUAAACACCUCCUCUCCUUCCUCCAAUUCCUCCUCCGCCUCAUCUUCCUCGGCGCCCCAGCUUCUCCAUCGCCCCUCCAACCUGAGCUCACAGCGCCUCCCUGCACACCGGAGGGUGAGUUUGGAAGUGUCACCUGACGUCUGCGUCUCCACCUGUGGUGAACCACGGUGAUAACACUCCUCUUGUUUUUGGCUCCCCCUGCAGGGCAGAGCGAGUCGUCACAGCGUCAGAGCCAGCGAUCCUACCUCGACACCACAGAAGAAGAAAGAAGUGAAGAACCUGAAGAACGUGGACAGGAAGCUGGCUGAACUCAUCCUCAACGAGGUCGUGGACCGGUGAGAAAACCAGACGAAAACGAUCACAUGAUCAGCUCAUUAAAGACGUUUGGAUCCCGUGUCUGUGUCGACCUAUCAGCCGUGUCGUCUGUGUUUCAGCGGCUCCUGUGUCAGCUUUAAAGACGUGGCCGGUCAGGAUUUGGCAAAACAGGCUCUGCAGGAGAUUGUCAUCCUGCCCGCUCUGAGGCCAGAGGUGAGUUCAAGAACCUUUUAGAGGUCGAUCUUCUACUGAAGGACUAAAUGUGGACCUGGUUUCCUGCGGUCCAGAUGAAUCUCCUCUGUCCCUCACACCGGUGUUUUGGUUCUUUUGAACUGAGUGAAAGUGAGACUCAGCUUUGUAUUCAUGCCUUUCCAGGAAACAUCAGAGACCUGCAUCAGCGUCCUCUGAGCUCCUCAUGGUUUUUGAUCUCUCGCUGCAUCAUCAGCUGAUUUUAUGUUGUUUCCAGUUUUUGUCUCAGAGCUUCUUAAAGGUCUUUCAGGUUUCAGUAACAGCUGAGACUCCGAUCUCUCUUGUUCAGGCCGUCGUUGAGUAAAGAGCUUCUUCUAAAAGUAUCUAAACUUCCCUCUGAUUCCUGGAACCUUCAUCUUUUGGAGAGGAAAUAGUUAAAGAGAAACUUCAGAGACAGACUGAACCAACAAGGAGAUGUUUUUGUGUUAACCCUUUAAUGUCUUUUGUCUCAUAUUUCAUACAGACUUUUAUUUACUUCUAUCAAAUCAAUAUGAAAAACAAAUUACUAAAAAAACAGCUGAUUACAGUCUGAUCAAUAAUAAAAAUGUCCUCUUGUGGUUUAUCAUUUCCACAUCAUCUAAUGUAUCAAAGGAGAUCAAUAAAUAUGUUUGUUGACAUUUUGAUUUCUUUGGUUUUCAGUUCUCAGUCAAAUAAACAUUUCAGCUCCAAAAAGUGAAUUUUUUUGUCCAUAAAUUGUGUUUUCAGGCGUUAAAGUGUUCGAGGUUUCGGUUCAUCUCACAGAGCUGAGGAAAUACCGUUUUAAAGACCGGGAUGGAAAUAAUUCACUGAAGUUAUUCGGAGUAAACCAAAGUGAAAACGCAGUGUUGUUGUUGGUCUCGUUUCAUCCUCUGAUUUUCUUCUUCUGCAGUUGUUCACGGGUCUGCGAGCUCCAGCCAGAGGUCUUCUUCUGUUUGGACCUCCAGGAAACGGCAAGACGAUGCUGGUGAGGAACAGAGAGAAAAGAGGACGGAGAUCAGGGUCAUAAAGGGACUCUAAUAACUUCAUUCAUUUUUAUAUAGGAAGGUGCUGAUAUGACUGAGCUACACAUUAGAGAGUGAAAUAAUGAAGACCACAGCUAAGGUUUGGUGGGGGGGUCGAGCUUAGAUUAAUGGAGGAUAACAGCAAAAAUAAACAGAAGAGGCUCCAGGACAGAAGCUGUGGACCAGCGUCAGUGACAGGGAAAGGCCCGGUUUGAAAGGUUCUGAAAUAAAGAUCGAUGACUGUCAGAGGAGGUGACAGAACAGAACCGGGGAAGAAAUGGACCGGACUGAGAGGUCUGCAAAAUACCAAGAAAGGGCCCCAGUAGAGGGCGCUGUGGAACACCAGUAGUGACAGGAAAUAGCUCUGAUUGGAGGUUAAAAAAACAGAUAAGGCCCAGGACAGAACCCUGAGGAACACCACGAGUGACAGAAACCAGACUGGACUCAUUCAUGAAGGUCACUGUCAGACGAGGACGUGUGAAAGUGAAAUCAAAGAGUUCAAAGUGUUUCAGAUCAAAGUUAGAAUUUAAAUUAGUUUAAAAUUCCACAUGAACCCUCAGAGUACAGAGUUAAACUCAUGACUGAACGUUGUUCUCGUCUGCAGGCCAAAGCUGUGGCCUCUGAAUCCAACGCCACCUUCUUCAACAUCAGUGCCGCCAGCUUAACCUCCAAAUACGUAAGUAACGGACCAAUCAGCUGACGGUGAUGAUGAUUGGUCUGAUCAGUAACAGGUCUGUGAUGGAUGUGUGUGCAGGUCGGAGAAGGAGAGAAGCUGGUGAGAGCUUUGUUUUCUGUGGCCAGAGAGCUGCAGCCCUCCAUCAUCUUCAUCGGUAACUCCUCCUCCUCCUCACACCAGGGGGUGGAGCCAAACAAGAAACAUAUAUAUAUUAAUAACCUUGUCGUUUCAUAAUGAAGGUUGUGUAAUCGUGUGUGUGUGUGUAGAUGAGGUGGACAGUCUGCUGUGUGAGAGGAGGGAGGGCGAGCACGACGCCAGCCGCCGCCUGAAGACGGAGUUCCUGGUUCAGUUUGACGGGGUGAGAGAAUAAAGAUGAAACAGGAUGAAGAUGAUUUCUAAAACCAAACCAAGUCGAUUCUCAUCAAUCAAACCGAUUUUGUUGUUUUCAGGUCCAGUCAGGCAGCGAUGAUCGAGUUUUAGUGAUGGGAGCAACAAACAGACCUCAGGAGCUGGACGAGGCCGUUCUCAGGUCAGGUCACCUUCUUUGUCCCUCCGCUGAUUUCAUACAUUCAAGGUCAUCUGAAUUCUCUCAGAGGUCAUUUGUAGUUUGUGGUGUUUUUUGAAGUGUCUUCAUCGUUCCUUUAAAUCGAUUUGUUCUUUAAGUCUCUUCGUGCUCAUGUUGGGUCUCUCUGUAGUUUUCUUUUUUAGUUCCUUUGUUUUUUUAAGUCUUUAGAGUCAAAUUUCACCUCUUUGUUGUGAUUUUUAGUUUCUGUGUCGGUAUAAAGUCUCAUCUUUAAAAGCUUCUUCAGGUCCAUGUCCUUGUCGUCAUUUUUGUUGUCUUCAUAUUCAGAGUGAUCUCCUCUCCUCUCCUCUCCUCUCCUCUCUGCUCCUCUCUGUUCCUCUCUGCUCCUCUCCUCUCCGCUCCUCUCCGCUCCUCUCUGCUCCUCUCUGCUCCUCUCUGCUCCUCUCUGUUCCUCUCUGCUCCUCUCCGCUCCUCUCCUCUCCUCUCCGCUCCUCUCUGCUCCUCUCUGUUCCUCUCUGCUCCUCUCCUCUCCGCUCCUCUCCGCUCCUCUCUGUUCCUCUCUGCUCCUCUCCUCUCUGCUCCUCUCUGUUCCUCUCUGCUCCUCUCUGCUCCUCUCCAUUCCUCUCCUCUCCUCUCCUCUCCUCUCUGCUCCUCUCCAUUCCUCUCCUCUCCUCUCCUCUCUGCUCCUCUCCGUUCCUCUCCUCUCCUCUCCUCUCCUCUCUGCUCCUCUCUGUUCCUCUCUGCUCCUCUCCUCUCUGCUCCUCUCCAUUCCUCUCCUCUCCUCUCCUCUCUGCUCCUCUCUGCUCCUCUCUGUUCCUCUCCGCUCCUCUCUGCUCCUCUCUUCUCCUCUCCGUUCCUCUCCUCUCCUCUCCUCUCUGCUCCUCUCCAUUCCUCUCCUCUCCUCUCCUCUCUGCUCCUCUCUGCUCCUCUCUGUUCCUCUCUGCUCCUCUCCGCUCCUCUCCUCUCUGCUUCUCUCCGCUCCUCUCUGUUCCUCUCCGCUCCUCUCUGCUCCUCUCUUCUCCUCUCCGUUCCUCUCCUCUCCGCUCCUCUCCUCUCCUCCCCGCUCCUCUCUGCUCCUCUCCACUCCUCUCUGCUCCUCUCUGUUCCUCUCCGCUCCUCUCUGUUCCUCUCCUCUCCUCUCUGCUCCUCUCCUCUCCGCUCCUCUCCGCUCCUCUCCGCUCCUCUCUGUGUCGUGUUGUUUUCUCCUCCUCUCUGGGUGAAGCUGAACUUUAUAAAGACACUCUUUUCUUCUUCGCUGUUUCUCUGCAGACGUUUUACCAAACGGGUGUACGUGACUCCGCCGGCUGAGGAGGUGAGCUCACCUGCAGAGAAAAAACAAUCCUUCACCGUACGAGUCUGAUUGUCUGAAUUUAACGGUUUCGUUUUCAGACUCGACUCGCGCUGCUGAAGAACCUUCUGGAGAAACAUGGAAACCCUCUGAAUCACAAGGAGCUCAGCCAGCUCGCCAGGUCAGCGCUCAGCCAGCAGAUUAAAUGUUUUUAUGAAACAUUCAGAUUUUUACCCAUAAAUAAGAAGAGAAAACGAACACAACUCCACACAGGAAACAGCCCAGGAACUCGCCAAAAUAAAACCAAAGAGCUGAAAUCACCACAUUUCUUUUCCACUUUAAUUCAGACUUUAUUAUUUCACUGUGAGUUUUUUUUAAGCACAUUGUUUUCUUUUUAUACGUUAAUAAAAACAUUAAAUGGUUUCAGUGAAAUAAUCAGUGAAGGGGUGACUCUUAUGUCCCCCUUUCUCUUAACUCCUAACUCCUAACUCUAACCCCUAACUCUAACCCCUAACUCCUAACUCUAACCCCUAACUCCUAACUCUAACCCCUAACUCCUAACUCUAACCCCUAACUCCUAACUCUAACCCCUAACCCCUAACUCCUAACUCUAACCCCUAACUCUAACCCCUAACUCUAACCCCUAACUCCUAACUCUAACCCCUAACCCCUAACUCCUAACUCUAACCCCUAACUCUAACCCCUAACUCCUAACUCUAACCCCUAACCCCUAACUCCUAACUCUAACCCCUAACCCUAACUCCUAAAUCUAACCCAUGACUCUUCACCUCUGAUUGGUUUAGACUGACUGAAGGAUACUCGGGCAGCGACCUCACCUCAUUGGCUAAAGACGCCUCGCUGGGACCAAUCAGAGGUGAGAUUCGGUUCAUGAACAGAGUUUGUUGAGACAGAUCCUCCUCAGAGUCGCUGAAGUUCAGUUUUUCCUUCUGUAUAUUGUGUUUGUAUAAAUGUGUAUAUGUAUUUUUAUUUAUGAUUGUUUUUUCGUCUCUCUGAUGCCUUUUAAAUGUGAGUAUUUAAAUAUAGUUACAGAUUUAUAGAUAUAUAUAUAUUUUACACAGGAAGCGAUCCAAAUCCAGGAGUUUUUUAACAAAAAUAACAGUGUUGAUGUUUCUGUAGAGCUGCGUCCUGAGGAAGUGAGGAACUUGGAGGCCAGUGAGGUGAGUUUAGUCGUGGAUUUGUUUUCUCUUCUUCCUAAAUCUUCUCAGUUUUCCUUAAAUCGGCCUCAGUCUUACAAACUUUGAGGACGGAUUCAGACCAAACAUUAAAUAUAGUCAGUUUUGUAUUUAAUCCAAAAGGUCUGAUUCAGUUGUAUCACAUUAAAAUAAUGCCUGUAAUGGGAGUUUGAUAAUGAAUUUGGAUUAAAGGGAUAUUCCAGAGUAAAAUUAAGUUCUGGUCAAACCCACCCCUCUAGUUAGUUAAAUGUUCUUCCUUGAGCUGCGGCACCCCGCUGUAGUCUGUAAUGGACUGGCCUGAGGUCUCUCUACAAACAAGCGUCUGCUGGAAGAGAGUAGGUGAGUUGUGUUUAGUCUCUUUGCUAAAGAAAUGAGUCAAAGUUAAAAAGAUGUUUGGUGACUAGUACUAUGUCUGUGACCCUAUAUGUACUAACCUCAGUAGAUCAUGGUGUAGUUCCGUUCAGUAACAGAACCUCAUUGGAAAAUAAGCUGAUUUAACUUUACUGUGCUCUUGUUCAAAUAUAUUAACUCAACAGCACAUAAAUCCAUACCUGUUAACAAAAUCAUGAUUUUAUUGAUAAUUCGGCUCAAUAAAAACACCUUUACCUUUUCAUUUUACUACAGUAGAAGUUUAUUGGCCCAGCUUACAGACUACAGAGGUGGAGAAACGCCCCCGCUUAAGAUUGUUUUCUUAGAACAACAAGCGGUCGGCAACAUUCAUCUCUGGAGGGGGGGGUCUAACUCGGUGUUACGGUGGGUUUGACUCUAAAUUAGUUUGACACCAGAAUAUCUCUUUAAUCUAAAUACAUUAUCAAACUUGUGUAAAGCAUUUAAUUGACUCAUGGAGGGAAAUUAGAGGAACUUUGUUUCCCUCUGAAAUCUCCUGAAUGUGAGGGACCUCUGAGGGCUGACAGCAGCAGCUCCUGUAAACCAGGAUCUUCUGAGAACAUUUCCUCUUUUUUUUUUUUUCCUAAUUCCUCUUCAGGUCAGAAGCAUCUGUUUUCGAGACUUCAACCAGUCCCUGAAGAAAAUAAAGAGCAGCGUCAGCGAGAAGACAAUAGAGCUUUACGUAAGCUGGAACCGAGAGUAUGGAGACACCACUGCCCUCUGACACACACACACACACACACACACACACACAUUUACACGGCUUCUUCUGGAAGCCCACCUUUUCCAGUGUAGCUGGAGUUUAUGCAAAAAUAAAUCCACCGUCAACAAAAAGGAGAGGCCCAAAGGUACGGUGGCUGACAAGGACAAACCACCUGCAACAGCCAGAACAAUCCUCAUCAGGAGAAACAGCAGAGCUUCAAAACACCCAAGAAACUCCGAGCUGUGAAAAACCUAAAACAGACGCAUGAACCGCAAAUGAGUCCAAGAAAAAACUCAGACAGAGAGCAGAAAAGACAAAGAUGUUUUAUUGUCAGAUCAGAAGAUCAGGAGCGUUUCACCUCCUGCUCUGUCCUCUAUCACCGUCUCUGCGUCUGUUCGUCUCGUUUCUCCUCUUGAAGAUCGUUCAGGAGGCUGUCGCAGAUCUUUGCCCUCAUCUAAAGGUGCUUUUAUACUUCACCUGUUUGGACUACACACUCCAAAACCAGAACAAACUUACAGCAAGUCCAAUUUUACAAAAUAUCCACACCACUGAGAAGGUCUCCUCUUUAAAUCCUGGUCCUCAUAUGGAUGUAAAAACAGACAUUUUCUGAAUAUAUCUGCACGGAUGUUUCUGCGGAGUCGCCUCCUCUCUCUGUUCUUUCUGGUUUUUCUCAGACUUUCUUCUUGUAGAUGAUCUGUGUUUGUAGUCAAACUUCAAAUAAAUGGUUUUGUACUUUA